AUGAGCCUACUCGACCUACCCACCGAAAUCCUGCUGAUGAUAACCGCCGCACUAGAAACGGAAUAUGAUAUCCUGCAGCUCCUGGGCACUUGCCAAACUCUUCACGAUCUUUUGCUACCGUCUCUUUACAAACGCAAUAUUGCAUCCGGCUCGUCUGCAUUGUUAUGGUGCUCUGUAAAUGGGGUCGAAACCGGAGUGCGGGGCCUACUGUCAUUGGGAGCAAAUGCCAACGUCAGCACUGGUGACAACGAUGAAAACCGGACUCCGUUGAUGCUAGCUGCAGAGCGAGGUCGUGAUCGGAUCGUCGAACUUCUCCUCGAGCACAAAGCCGACGUGAAUAUGCAGCAGGCAGACGGCAUAACUUUCAAUCCCGUGAAUUUACAACAGCAAGGAUCUGCCACUGCCCUGCAUGUCGCUGCCACACAUGGCCAUGAAAAGGCGGUACAGACCCUCCUCCAAUAUGGGGCUGAUAUCAACUCGGUUGAUGCUUAUGGCCAAACACCUUUCAUCUGCGCUGUAUUUAUGGGCCAGUGUCAGAUUAUGAGCCUGCUUCUUGACCAUGGGGCGAAUAUGGCGCCCCCAAACCUUCCCGAGGGUCAUAGUGGUCAUCAUUAUUGGUAUUCGCCAAUACAUGCAGCCCUUCGAGCAGAUAAGAAGCACAGACAGGCUGUGCUGGAGCUUCUUCUGCUCCAUGGUGCGGAUAUGGAUCUCCCGGACAACAUCGGUGAAUCUGCUUUGCAUAGAGCUAUCGCAUUCAGUGAUGUUGUCAGCGUCAAGUUUCUUAUUGACCACGGCGCUGAUGUCAACAGAAGAGGUUUUCGCCAUAGGACACCAUUACAUGCUGCGAUGGAGACGGUCCCCCACCAAGACAGAAAGCGCGGAGUGACCGGCGUGAAAGAAGACGAAGAAAUACUGAGAUAUCUUCUAGAUCGUGGAUCUGAUUGGACCCUUGCAGACGAUGAGGGUCUGACACCCCUCAACUGGGCAGAAGAAGGUCGUUGUUCGCAGAGGCUCUUGAAGAUGUUGCGGGAACAUAUCGCUUCUGUUGAAGGUACUUGA